GUGUUCAGUAUGCUGCAAACCCAGUCUCUCUCUCUCUCUCUCCCACCCAUCUCUCUCCUCCUCCCGCUUCCCUUCCCACCACACUGAAUUCCAGAUCUGACCAUGAAUGGGUCUGGGAUCYUCCUCGGUGUCCUCAGCCUGCUGGCAUGUCUCUCCUCCGCCGUGCAGGCAUGUCCCCCCAGCUGCCACUGCCACGGCGGGGACCUGCAGCACGUCAUCUGCGACAACGCGGGGCUCAAGAAGAUCCCCAAGGUGCCCGAGCAGACGCGGCUCCUCAACCUGCAGAAGAACAAYUUCCCUGUCCUGCCGCCCAACGGAUUCCGUGACAUGAAGAAGCUGGUGUCCCUGCACCUCCAGAGCUCCCGCAUCAAGGAGAUCUCCAGUGGUGCYUUCCGUGGCCUCAAGAGCCUGGUCUACCUCUAUCUCAGCGAUAACCAGAUCAGUGUCAUCAAGCCAGGAGCCUUCGAGGACCUGUCUGAUCUCACCUACCUGUACCUGGACAAGAACAAGAUCCCAGACCUACCCAAAGGGCUCCUCUCCCCUCUCGUCAACCUCUUCAUCCUGCACUUGGGCAGCAAUAAAAUCCGGGAGCUCAAACCAGGGGCUUUUGACGGGGCUAAAGACCUGCGUUGGCUCUUCCUCUCGGACAAUUCGCUCACAAACCUCCUGCCUGGGGCCAUGGAGGAUGUGGAGAACCUCGCUGUCCUCCACCUGGACAAGAACCAGCUGAGCAGCUACCCCGUGAAUGCAAUGAGCAAGCUGAGAGUGCUGGAGGAGCUGAAACUUUCCCAUAACCCAAUUGAGGUCAUCCCUGACAACGCCUUCCAGUCCUUCGGGCGAUACCUGCAGACACUCCACCUGGACAACAUGAAACUGAAGAAGUUCGCAGAGAACGCAUUCRCUGGCGUGACGGCGCUGAAAACAGCACACCUGGAGAACAACCGGCUCACCCAGCUGCCCCGCAACUUCCCCCUGGACAAAAUGGAGACGCUGACCAUCUCCCGAAACCCCUGGCACUGCAACUGCCAGCUGGCACCCCUGCGCAAGUGGCUGAAGGGCAACCGCACCCGUGCUGAGGACACCUGCUCCACGCCCGCCCAGCACCGGGGACAGCCCAUCAGGGACACCCCGGCCCUCCGCACCUGCAAACUGCCCACCAAGAGGUCCAGGAAGGGGAGUCGCCAUUAAACACGCUCCGCUGUGGCCCGUCCUGGUGACUGGUCACUCCAACCAUCAGAAAACUACUGACUUCAGAGUCCUUCCUUGAGCUUCUCCUACCUGUCAGGAAACACUUCUGAUAUAUCUGAACACCUCCAGCCUCCUCCCAAUCCCUGCUUCUCUGCUGAUCACAAGGAUGGAAUCCACCUUUCCAAUCUUUUCCGACAUCUAUGUAUUUUAAAAGAGGCCUUUUUGAAAACUAAACUAUGCAUGACCRUACUAAGACAAGCUAGAUCCUGCUGGUAAAACACAUUUUUCCCAGAAGAAACACAACCCAYGUCCCUGAUCAACCAGCUGGGUGCUGCCUGUCCCAUUCCAGAGGAGUGGGAGCAAGUGGGGAGGUAGGAGCAUCCCUGCCCCUGCUGCUUGAUGAGGAAAAUUGGUCUCAACCCAUGCAAAGAGACUCCUCUGCCUUCCCACAGAGGGGAUCCCUGCAGGCCAGGGCUGAGGGGACAGUGAAGCAGUGACCAACAACCGGUGGCCCUGAGGCAGCAGUGUCCCAAAAUCAGCCAGAAAUCCUUGAAGGGAAGCAGUUCUGGGAACCCYCAGAACUGGAGCCACCUCAAGUCUGGAUUCUCUCCCACUCUGUGGGGUCACCAAGAUGUCCAAGAGGAGGAGAUGUGCACGGUGCACCCCUCCUCUCCUCCCUGCCCACCCUCCAGAGGAUCUAGCAGAACACCACCAUGACUAUGGUUUAUUGUCACACCACAGUUGCAAAUCAUUCACAUUUUUUUUAAUCCUAAAGAGUUAUAUAAAUAUAUGUAUAUUUAUUCCUCUGUAACUGAGUGUAAAUGACCUUUAAGAGGGUGAAAGCUCCUCUGCCUCCUAUAUAGAAAUCAAAUUGUAUAUUUUCUUAUGUACAUCUUCUGUAUAAAGCUCUUGCUGCAAAG